AUGUCUGACUCCGAUUAUGUGCCCGAUUAUGAGAAAUGCGAUGCUACGGCCUUGGACUGGGCUUCGCUCGUCAUCACCUUCAUCACCGUCAAUGUUACUUGGUGGCUGAUUGAUAUUCCAAAAACUUGGAAAUUCGGCUUUCGCGCCUACAUCAAUGCUAUCUCAUGGCAAUGUCUUCGAAUCAGUCUGCCCAGUGUGGCUGCUGUUUAUGCAUUUUAUCAUCAUAAAGAAACCCACGAAAUGGCAAAGAUUUACUACCAUGGGUUCCAUCCUGACAGUGAAGAGCAACGACGACCGAUGGCUUUAAUGCAGGUGAUGCGAGCGCUGGUUGUCGACUCGCUGACAAUCGUCGCUACUUGUAUGACCAUCUAUAAAGCAUGUCACGUCACCACCGACAGCAUAGGCGACCCUACCGUCUCUGGAUGGAAUAUCUCUUUAUGGGUCUAUCCCACUCUGCCGGUAGCUAUUAUGGGGUUCUGGAUGCUCGCAGCCUCCUACUUCCGGAUUCGAAACCCAUGGAUUCUUCUUGCCGGAGGGUUUCUAGCCCUAGCCCUGGCAUGCGUGACCUUCACUCUGGUGCUAUACUAUCUCUCACCUCUACGCAACGGAAACAUGUGGGUGGCGUCGCUGAUUUUAUACAUCUAUCUCGCUCUUCCCUGGAGCCUGAUACUCCCUGGUACGCCCUUGGAAUUGCUCAUUCUAGCAAUGAGCGUCAUGGUGCGCGCUGGUGGCGUUACAGCAGGAGCCCUUUCGAGUGAUGCAUAUUUCCCAUUCUGUCAGCUCCGCAAAAAGGCAUUUGGAGGCGUCUAUUUGGCAUUGGGUAUACUAGCAGCUCUUUUUGCAAUUUAUGCACGAUUUAAAUGGGAUCGAGUACGAUAUCGUUUGCCCUGGCAGGCUCGCCAGCCACGCCACGCUCAGCAGACCACAUAUGAGCCUGUACAGUUAAUAGCGCAAGAAGAUGUUCAAAAGAAUGUGUCGAAUGUGCAGGCGGAGCAGUACGGUCAAUCUCAAUACGGCCAGCACGGACAGUACAGUCGAAAUUGGAGCAACCAGCAACAAGGAGAUAUACGGUAUACUUAA